AUGUUCCAACCACUUUCUCAAACACACGAGUCUUCUCCGCAUUGUCAGACUGGGUUAGAGUUAACUGAAUCCGACCUUGCGAAUGGAUGGAAUCGACAGAAUACAAGCAUUGCGCCCGACUUUUUGGAGAGAUUUUACAAAAAUUCGCGGUUACAUCAUUUGUCGACAUGGCGGGCGGAGUUGAAACAAAUGAUAGCGAACAAUCAAUCGACUUUUCGAGAAAGAAGAACAAAAAGAACAGAUGAUGAGGAUCAAAUUGUGAUGCACGUUGAUUUCGAUGCAUUCUUCGCCUCGGUCGGUUUGCUAGACCGUCCGCAUUUAAUAAAUAGGCCGGUGGGUGUCUGUCAUGCGAAAGGUACCUCAACUAAGAUAGAUUCCUCCAGCGAAAUAGCCUCGGUUAAUUAUAUUGCGCGGUCAUAUGGUAUCUCGAAUGGGAUGCACGUUGGAGACGCGCAGAGAUUAUGUCCAAACUUGAUUACGAUUCCGUAUGAAUUUGAGAAGUAUCACGCCGUGAGCCUUAGGUUCUAUGAGAUUCUAAUAAAGUAUGCCACAGAAUUGCAGGCUCUCAGCAUAGAUGAGGCUUUGAUAGAAGUCGGACGCACAGUCAGGGAGGACUAUGGCGGAGAUGCAGAGGAAUUUGCCAGGCAGCUCAGAAAAGAGAUUAAGAAUGAGACUCGAUGCGAUGUAAGCAUGGGUAUUUCAAAGAAUAUCUUAUUGGCAAGGAUGGCCACAACCUAUGCUAAACCACGCGGCCAAUUUUAUAUAAAAGAUGAUUAUAUUGACGAAUUUCUAGAGAAUCAAAAUGUUGACAGCCUACCGGGUGUAGGCUCGUCAAUGGCGCAAAGACUAGGAGAAAAGGGAGUAAUCACAAUAGCAGAUCUUAAAAAUUUAACUAUGGGUGAAUUGCAGGCAGAAUUUGGACCCAAGGCCGGCAAAACGCUAUACAAUUUUGCCAGAGGAAUAGAUAAAAGGUCAAUACAAGUAGAUAGCCCUAGAAAAAGCGUUUCAGCCGAAGUUGCCUGGGGCGUGAGAUUUGAAAAUGAUGAGCAGGUCGAGAAAUUUCUCCAUGAACUAUGUGAAGAAGCGGUUAAGCGGCUUAAGGACGUGAAGCUAAAAACUAAAUCAGUAAUGUUAAAGAUCAAAUUACGCAAGCCCGAAGCAGGAGCGCCACCAAAGUUACUUGGUUGUGGAGACUGUGAUAAUUUUUCGAAAUCAAAAACUUUUGCCUAUUAUACAGAUAGUUUUGAGCUUAUCUGGAACGAAUGUUUGGCAUUACUAAAACAGUUUGGGUGCAGCUGUGUGGAAAUCAGAGGUAUUGGUAUACAAUUACAAAAGCUUAAUACCGAAACAGGAAAGGGGCACAAAAGUCUUUCAGACUAUUAUAAAUCAGCGGCUGAUGCGGAAGGGAGAGAAGAGCAGCCAGCUGAUUCAAAUGAUCAAAGCCAACAGUGCUAUGAUGAAAGCUUGAUAGGCGAUGAAGAGAGUCGCAUGGACAUCAUUAGUAGCUCUCCAGAUUUAUCAUCACCCUUUAAUAAUGGCGUUUGUGAGCCUUCCAGGAAUUGUGAGCGCAAUCAAGAAAGUAUAGAACGUAAUGUGGAUGAGAAUCGAUCACAUACGUUACAACAACGACAUCCGAGCUAUAGCGAACCAGGGAAUUCUGUUCCAAUGUUUGUUCCUGUGAAAAUGGAAUUUGAUGAUGAUAACAUGAUGCUUGGUGGAGAGUCGUCAUGUUCACAAAUGAGAAAUGAAAGCGAGAUGCUCAAGAUGGAGGAAGACACUGAAAUAGAACGCAACUCAAUCAUAGACAGGCCAAAUGAGAGAGACUUACCGUGUCAAGAAACAUGGAACGAGCUACCCCACUCCCGCCUAAUUACAGCAAAUUACAAAGUAUCUAAAAAGACUGUCAGCAAGAACAACCGUAGUAGGAAGAAUACAUUGCAGAAACCUCCGAGGCGGAAGAGUAAAAUCGAGGACGAGAGCCGAGGGCUGAAUUUGGAUAAGAAUGGUGAAUUUGAUCGGGAUGUUUUUGAUGCUCUCCCCAAAGAGAUUCAAAAAGAAAUCAUGAUUGAAUUUCGGUUUCAUACUCCGCUGAGAAAUUUGCGACCUAUACAUAAGAAAGUUAAAACCGAAUCGGAUGAAUUGACCAAGUAUCCCAGUGGAUGGUUGUAG